GUCAUGGAAUCUAGAAGUGCCAUUCUUUUAUCAUCUUUGCUUUUUUCUCUUCUCCUAAGUACUACUUCAGCUCAACUUAGCAGUGACUUCUACAAGAACACAUGCCCGAAUGUUGAAUCAUUAGUCCGCACAGCUGUCACAAAUAAGUUCCAGCAGACCUUUGUGACUGCUCCAGCCACUCUUCGACUCUUUUUCCACGAUUGCUUUGUUCGGGGAUGUGAUGCUUCAAUGUUGAUUGACUCACCAACUAAUACAGCAGAGAAGAAUCACCCUGAUGAUAUUUCUCUUGCUGGUGAUGGAUUUGACACUGUGGUCAAAGCUAAGGCAGCUGUAGAUAGUGACCCUCAGUGCACAAACAAAGUUUCCUGUGCUGAUAUACUAGCUCUUGCCACUAGAGAUGUGGUUGUAUUGACAGGGGGACCAUUUUACCCAGUCGAAUUGGGGAGGCGUGAUGGGAGGAUAUCUACUAUUGCUAGUGUUCAAAGGCAUCUUCCUCAGCCCUUUUUCAAUUUAGACCAGCUCAAUUCCUUCUUUGGCUUUAAUAAUCUCACCCAAACAGAUAUGAUUGCAUUAUCAGGUGCGCACACAAUUGGGGUUUCUCAUUGCAGCCGUUUCUCCAGACGAAUCUACAAAUUCAGCCCCAAAAACCCGAUUGACCCAACCCUAAACUUGACAUAUGCUUUCCAGCUUAGACAGAUGUGUCCCUUAAAUGUCAACCCCACAAUCGCCAUUAGUUUGGACCCAACCACACCUAAUAAAUUCGACAAUGCUUACUACACAAAUCUUCAACAAGGAAAGGGUCUCCUAAGCUCUGAUGAGGUAUUGUUCACAGAUGCAAGAUCAAAGUCCACAGUCGAUUUAUUUGCAUCAAACAAUGACGCUUUUCAACAGGCCUUUGUAAGUGCUAUAACCAAACUAGGUCGAGUUGGGGUUAAGACUGGAAAUCAAGGUGAGAUUCGGCAUGAUUGCUCCCGGAUAAACUAG